CCUUCCUUCCCUCGGUCUCGGAGCGAGCGCGGAGCUGGGCGGCGGGGCGGCCGCGCGGCGCCCCCCCCCUCCCCCGGCGGCGGCGGCGACAGCGAGGACGGGCUCUGCCGGCCGCCCCGUCCAUGGGAAAGGAGCGGCCCGGGCCGGGGCGGCGCUGGCUGCAACUUCGGCGGGGCUGAGGCUGCGGAGCCGGGACGGCAGCGAGGGGCGGCCCGCGGGGGAGGAGUACGGACGGGUUCUGUCAUCCGUGAUGGCGUCAGCGCUACCCAGAACCCUCGGGGAAUUGCAGCUGUAUCGAAUACUGCAAAAGGCAAAUCUCUUGUUUUACUUCGAUGCCUUCAUUCAGCAGGGUGGAGAUGACGUCCAGCAGCUCUGUGAAGCAGGUGAAGAGGAGUUUUUGGAGAUAAUGGCCCUGGUAGGCAUGGCGAGCAAGCCGCUUCACGUGCGACGGCUGCAGAAGGCCCUGAGGGACUGGGUCACAAACCCUGGGCUUUUUAACCAGCCUCUCACUUCCUUACCAGUCAGCAGCAUUCCUAUCUAUAAACUGCCAGAAGGGUCUCCUGCGUGGCUGGGGAUAUCCUGCAAUAGUUACGAGCGGAACAGCGCUACCAGAGAGCCUCACUUGAAGAUUCCAAAAUGCGCCGCCACAACUUGCGUGCAGAGCGUGGGUGCCAGCAAAUCUGAUGUGGUGGGGAGCUUAUCGCUACAGAGCAGCAGCGAGCCGAGGCUCUGGCAAGGACAUCACACCACAGAGAGCGAGCAUAGCCUUUCCCCGGCUGACCUCGGCUCUCCCGCUUCACCAAAGGAGAACAGCGAGACGCUGGAUGCCGCUGCUGCUCUGUCAGUCGCUGAAUGCGUUGAACGUAUGGUGCCCUCCUUGCCCAAAAGUGACUUGAAUGAAGUCAAGGAGUUACUGAAAACUAAUAAGAAACUGGCAAAGAUGAUUGGUCACAUCUUUGAGAUGAGCGAUGAGGACCCUCACAAAGAGGAGGAAAUCAGGAAGUACAGUGCAAUAUAUGGCAGAUUUGACUCAAAAAGAAAGGAUGGCAAGCAUCUUACUCUCCACGAGCUGACAGUUAAUGAAGCAGCCGCUCAGCUGUGUGUGAAAGAUAACGCGCUGCUGACCAGGAGAGAUGAACUCUUCGCACUGGCUCGGCAAAUCUCUCGAGAAGUGACGUACAAGUACACGUACAGGACCACCAAAUCUAAAUGUGGAGAAAGGGAUGAACUGUCACCAAAGAGGAUCAAGAUAGAGGAUGGUUAUCCUGACUUCCAGGACGCAGUCCAAUCGCUCUAUCAGCCAGACAAAAUGCCGCUUGCUUUGGCUAAGGGAAAGAGUGAGGAUUUGGCAGCUCUUAAUUCCCAGUCUGAAAAGGUGAUGGCAAAACAGAUGGAGUUUCUUUGCAACCAGGCUGGAUUAGAGAGACGUCUUUCCACAGGGUGUUACAGGCAAAACUCAGAAGAGCACAGCCCCAAUGGCAUGUCAUUAGAUAAUGUUGAUGGACAAGGUGAAAGACCGCUGAAUCUUCGGAUGUCAAAUCUCCCCAGUCGACAGCUGCAGCACAUUGCACUCGAUGGAGAGCAGCACGUUGGAAAACCUCUGUGCAGUGAAUUGAUCCGGCUUUACCCUGGUGGUGAGGCAAAGUCCCAGUCCUCGGGCCUUGGUAUCUUAAAGGAUUUUCCUCACUCGGCUUUUAACAACAUAGAACGGAAAGUCAUAAAAACAGAACCUGAGGACACAAGAUAGUCAUCCUGUUCUGGAAACCAGUGUCAUAAUAAGGAAUGAAACUUCACGAGAGAAGAAAAAACAGCCUUAAUAACCAGUGUUGCCUCAUUCAAAUAAGAGAUUUCAAUAGCCAAAGCCUAAGAACUGGUCCAGUAAUCUGUGGAAACAGAAAAGCAAAAGACACUGCAAACUAAACAGUAAUACAGGUGGAUAAACAUUCCUGUUAAAGUGGUUUUAUAACGUGGAAAGAUUCACAAAUUAAUAUUGUGGGUCUGCUUUAUUUAAGAAUGUAUUAUGUAUUUGUAUAACUUAUCAAAGUAAAUCUAGAUGUCGGGACGUGUAUAGAGUCCAGUAGAUGUGGCUACAGUUCAUUUUACUUGAAAUUUCAGUGUCUACUUUAAGUGUACCUAGCAUAGACCUGGUUGUUAAACAUUAGAAUUACAAAUCUUCCUUGGGGAAGUAGGAUCGUGAACACCAUGACACAAUAAGCAGCAAGUUUGCAACAGCGUUUGUAGGAAAAAUGGAGGAUGGAUACAAUAUCUCUUGGUUUAAAAUGUUAUGUGGGUAUAGCAUUUGGUAGGCCUAGAGCCCAGUUGUGUAUCAUAGCAGAUGUUCUUGACGCUUGCUAUUGUUACAUCACUCUUGAUGGUUUCAACAGCCUUUGUAAUGCACUUAGAGUAGAAUACCUAUCUACAGUUCAGGAGCAUAGAAGAUGCCAAUUAGAGUAUGGAAGAGUCCAUAUUAGCGGUUCCCAUUUUGAUGUGAAGAUGUAACCAUUUGAUAUACCUUCAGUUUAUCAAUCAAUUUCAGUGCGGUUACUGAAGUUGCACCUGAUAUCCAUAAACCAUCAGGUCUUUUGGAGGUGAGAGACGAGGGAUUACGUCUUCAGAACGUGACUCCUUAUUAAGUGCUGUCCAGCCCGCGUGAUUCUAUGAAUAUACCGUAUACUGCGUUCAGUAUGCCAAUACGUUUCUUUAUGUAUGUGUUUAAUUAACAUCCGGAUUCUUUAUUUAUUUGACUGUUUUGAUUUUUUUUUUUGGUACAUUUUCACUUGUGCAGAUGUCAUUUUAUCUACGGAAAAACAACGGGCUUAAAGGGUUGGAUUUUCCCAUGCCGUGUUUGUGUGCAUCCGUCUUUCCUCCCACGUUAAGGAUUGCACUCCUGCAGUCUUAAUAGUUAUAUGCCUUAGUUUCUGAAUGCAGUUUUUUCCUACGUUGUUUUCUGGAGGAGUGAAGGAGGGCGAAAAGACAUAAGUUACCUGCGGUGGGUAGAUUUCCACAUUCAGCUGUGUACUUCAUGUCUGCAGUUUGCUCUGUGUCGUAGCUCUGUAUUAAUUCGGUCACAGUCCGUCGUACCCAAGUGCUCUGCGAAAUGUGAGCUGAAAUGUCUACACUGCAGUCUCUUAUCACUGUAAACAUACCUUAUUAUUUUAUCACUUUUGAUCUGCGGAACAAAGCUUUAUAGUAGAAACACCGGUAAACAACUUUUUAUACCAUUAAACCGCGUUGGGUUUUUUUAAUUUCCUUGAACUGUAUGGUACUGUUUCACUUCCUGAAGUAUCUUGCUUCAAGUGAUGGAGUUUGCAGCUCUGCUGUUAGAAAUAAGAGGUGGGAUGUGUAGUUGUGUUUCCUCUUUCCUGUUGUGUGAGGUAGUAGCAUGGAGGACUCUUUGGUUUGUAACGUUAGCCAGUGAACUGGUUAGUAGCUCAGUAGUUUUCAUGAGACUAUAUGGAACCUGCUAAAGGACAGCUUAAGGUUUGAACUGUGCAGCUUGAGUAAUAGAGCAGCAGGCCUCGAGACGUGCAGGAAAUGCUCUUUUUUCAACGUCUCUACCGUUGUUUGGAUCACAGAAGAAGCUCUUAAGCUUGCUGGUCUUUUCAGUUGGAGUGAGAGGAAGGAGAAAGAAGUUACUAAGCACCACGUUGUUUCAGUCGAGUCCAGAACUUCUUUUGUAAACACUAAUGUAUUAAAUUUGCUAUAAAUUAAAGUACGUAACAGUUCUAUUUUUGAGUUGUAAAUACAGUACUGUGUGUCACAACCCCUUGGUUAUCUCUAGGACGAUAUUUCAGUUGAGAAGUCCAACAGGCCAUUUCAGUCUCAGCGAGCUGGAAACCAUUUUUUUAUUUACUGGUUUGCAGCUCUAUCUAUUUUGGUUUUGUUUUUUAAACCCUGGGAGUGGAGGCGGGGAGGGUUGGGGGGGGAGUUGAUACAUUCCACAAUGGCACAUAGGUUUGGUAAUAGCGGAUAUUCAAGCAAUGGUCUUUCCACGACAGAGGUCUUGGUGGACUGCAACUUGGCUGUUGGGUGGAGUCAGGGGGAAGGUUCACCCGCAUCUGCUGUGGGCGGGUUGCUGGAUUCGGGGUACUCUGGAUCAGAAGCCAGCCCUGCAAACGAUGCCUGUUCUUAUUCACAUGUUUAUAUUGUUGCUACAAAAUAAAAUUCACCAUGAGAACUCUUUA